AUGGUCCAGCCCAGUGCCUCAAACGCAUCUGAUCAAGACCACCCUGACGCACCUCUACCGAUCGGGUCAUAUCAUGAUGAAACCCAGUCUCUGAUAGAAUAUGAACCAAUUCCGAUCGAAGACGAUGAAUCCGAACUUGCUGCGGCCGCCUCCCGGCCCCGCCACGCAUCACACGCAAAGCUACGCAUAUUCUGGUUAAGGAAUAAGGGCAUGUUCCUAGUGCUAUUAGCGCAGAUGUUCGGCGCCUCGAUGAAUGUCAUGACACAAUUAUUGGAGAUUAAUAGCUCUUUGCAUCCAUUCCAGAUCCUAUUCGCCCGGAUGUCAAUCACAGCAGUAGCAAGCUACCUCUACAUGUGGUAUGCUAAAGUCCCUGCACCAUUUGGCACAAAACCAAUCCUAGGCCUCCUCAUCACCCGCGCAACAUUCGGCUUCCUAGGCGUCUACGGAAUUUACUACUCAGUCCAAUACCUCCCCCUAGCAGAAGCGACAGUAAUCACCUUCCUCGCCCCAAUACUGACCUGCUACGCCUGCUCGCUACUCAUCCCGGGCGAAACAUUUUCCACCCGCCAACAACUCGCAGCUCUCGUCUCUCUCGGAGGUGUGGUCCUGAUCGCGCAGCCAUUCCGCAAGCGCGAAGGCGGCAACGGAGAAAGUCCCGGUGCAGCGGACUCGUACCACCAUGUUUUAGCGACAAUAGUUGCCUUUGCAGGUGUUAUCGGAGCUGCGGGCGCAUACACGUGUAUUCGUAUGAUCGGACGACGUGCGCAUGCGCUCGUCUCAGUGACGUACUUUUCUAGUGUCACGACCAUUAUCUCGCUUGUCGCGAUGGCAGCUGUGCCCGGGGUUCCGUUCCGGUUACCGAGUACCACGCUGGAGUGGUCAUUUAUGGCUGGUCUGGGGGUUUGUGGGUUCCUAUUGCAGUUCCUUUUGACGGCGGGGCUGUCAUAUGUACCGCCGGCGGAGGUAUCUGUUGGUAAAGGACAGGGAUCACGGGCGACAAGUAUGGUGUAUACACAAGUUGUGUUUGCACUUUUCUAUGACAAGAUGGUUUGGGGGACAACUUUGUCCCUUGUUAGUGCAGCGGGGUCGGUGCUUAUCCUUGCGUGUGCGAUUUAUGUGGCUGUUGUGCAAGAAGGACGAUCCGAGCCGAAACCUGUUGAACAGCCGCAGUUCAAGGACAUUGACGAGGAGGCUUGA